AUGUCUACAUCAGACAAUGCCCCUGCUGCUGAAAACACCAGAUCUCAGCCUGAACAGGUUACAACCUUCAAUCUUGAAGAGCCCCAGAAGAUCUUGCUAUCGUGUAACAUGUCAAGUGUUACCAAACUCACAUCGACCAACUACUUUACCUGGAGUGUCCAGGUUCAAGCACUCCUUGAGGGUUACAACCUUGAGAGUUUCAUUCUUGAUGAAUCUGUCGUCCCUUCUCCCACGGUGACAGUUGAUGGUGUCGUCAAAGACAAUCCUGUUUUUCUUCCCUGGAAACAACAGGAUCGCUUAAUUUUCAGCUCUCUUCUUGGAGCUUUAUCUGUGACCUUGCAGCCAAUGAUUGCUCGCUCCAGAUAUGCUCGUGAAGCCUGGAAAACGCUAGCCAAUUAUACCUACGGCAAAGCAUCCAGAGGCCAUCUUUUGCAGCUACGUGACCAAGUGAAACGCUGCUCAAAAGACGAACUUGCCAUGCUUGACAAGCCAAUGGACCAUGAAGAUGUGUUGGAAGCAGUCCUUGAUGGUCUCCCUGAAGAAUACAAACCUGUGGUGGAUCUCGUUAAUGCCAAAGACAAGACCAUUACAAUUGAGGAACUGCACGAGAAGUUACUGAAUCACGAGGGUCACAGUGCUAAGUUCUGCCCUGAUUUUCGCAUCAUCUCUGCUCCCAGUUCCCGUGAGUAUCAGCACCAUCGUCCACCAACACCUUGGCAGUCCUCAGUUACAGCCAACAAUGCUCAGCUCUCCCCCUACGAUACUACUCCUUGGCUCCUUGAUAGCGGGGCAUCGCAUCAUAUAACCUCAGAUUUGCACAAUCUGGACAUCCACAAUCAGUACACAGGCUCAGAUGAUGUCAUUAUUGGUGAUGGUGAAGGACCUAAAUACGGGGGUGCCGCUUCUAACCGGAAGCACUAG